AUGGCGAUGAACGGCAGAACUGCGUCGCAGGCUUUCAGAUCUUUGCGACCUGUCGGUGUUCGUACUUUCGCCCUCCCAGCUCAUCGAAAUUAUGCUACAUCAUCCGAGCCAGAUCUCAAAACUACCUUCAAGGAGUGCAUUCCUGCGAAGCGUGAGUUGUUGAAGAAAGUUAAGGCAAAUGGCAACAAAGUUAUCGGCGAGGUUAAAAUCGAGAACACGAUUGGUGGAAUGAGAGGAUUGAAAGCCAUGGUAUGGGAAGGAUCAGUUUUGGAUGCCAAUGAAGGAAUUAGAUUCCAUGGCAGAACUAUCAAGGACUGUCAGAAAGAGCUUCCAAAGGGAACAAGCGGAACAGAGAUGCUUCCAGAAGCUAUGUUUUGGCUGCUUUUGACCGGACAGGUCCCUUCUACAUCUCAAGUCAGACAGUUCUCCAAGGAAUUGGCAGAACAAGCGGCACUUCCGGAAUUCGUCAACAAAAUGCUUGAUAAUUUCCCAAAGGAUUUACAUCCAAUGACUCAAUUUGCUAUUGCUGUUUCAGCACUCUCCCACACAUCAAAAUUCGCCAAGGCAUAUGAGAAGGGAGUCAAUAAAGCAGAUUACUGGGAGCCAACUUUCGAUGAUAGUAUAUCUCUUUUGGCAAAACUUCCAGUUAUUGCUGCUAAGAUUUAUCAAAAUUCGUACAGAGGUGGUGGAGCUCUCCCUGCUCAGGUUGACCUGGAACAAGAUUGGUCGUACAAUUUUGCAGCUCUGCUCGGUAGGGGAGGCAAGGAGAAUGAGAACUUCCAAGACUUGUUGAGACUAUACUUGGCUCUUCACGGUGAUCAUGAAGGUGGAAAUGUUUCAGCACAUACCACUCAUUUGGUCGGAAGUGCUUUGAGUGAUCCGUUCUUAAGUUACAGCGCUGGUCUACAAGGUCUUGCUGGACCUCUUCACGGUCUGGCCGCUCAAGAAGUUCUUAGAUGGAUUCUACAAAUGCAGGAGCACGUUGGAACCAAAUUCACCGACAAAGACGUAUCUGACUAUCUCUGGUCAACUCUCAACUCGGGCCGAGUUGUUCCAGGUUACGGUCAUGCUGUUCUACGAAAACCAGAUCCCCGCUUCGAAGCUCUCAUGGACUAUGCCUCUUCCCGACCAGAGAUUGCUAAAGACCCCGUCUUCCAACUUGUGAAGAAGAACUCUGAAAUAGCUCCAGAAGUCUUGAUGAAGCACGGAAAGACGAAAAAUCCGUAUCCGAACGUAGAUUCUUCAUCCGGUGUUUUAUUCCAUCAUUAUGGUUUCCAUGAGACACUCUACUAUACAGCGACAUUUGGUGUUAGUAGAGGAUUGGGACCUUUGGCACAAUUGAUCUGGGAUAGAGCGUUGGGAUUGCCUAUUGAGAGACCUAAGAGUAUUAAUUUGGAGGGAUUAUUGAAGUUAGCAGAAUAG